UCUAACAAGGGACGCUUAAAAACUGCUUAAAAACAAAAUCUGCAUCUGUCAACCGUCUCGAAUCCCUCGGAGCUGGAAAAUAUUUGACCUCUCUUCCCUCUUCAUACCGAAUCCAUGCAGACUGAACUGCCCAUUCUUUUAUUCAGUAACUUUGAAGUAUUGUUCGUUUCAGCGUCCCUGCACGCAGGGUGUUUUUGCGACGCUCCCUAAAGGCCGUAGUCCUUUUAAAGUUACCGCUGAGCGUGCUGUCGGGUGUGAUAGGCUGCUUAAAGAAAGAAGCUUCGCCUUGUGUUCAGAGUCAGAUGAGCCCGUGGUGCUGCUGGAGAGUUCACUCACCGUCUGCUAGCUCCAGCCAAAACGGACCACGAACCCUUUUCCUUUUUUUACAUUUUAUUUAUUUCAUCCUAUCCUCUGAUAAGCCUUUUCAAAACAAGAUGUAACUCACCACCGAACAUUUACAUCCUCACUUGAAUAAAUCUACAUGUUUUAAAGAGCCGGGAUGAAUAUCACUGAUGGAAGUUAUUGUGACGAAUGGUUUUAACUACGGUAUGCCGAUGUGAUUGUUUAUUUUGCCCUUUACCCUUGGCGGUGGAUCCCUAAUUUUGGGAUUAUCGGUAAUUCCACGAUUCUGCAAGGAAUCCUCAGCGUUCGAAGAGGGAAUUCUGCCCAGCCAAGCAAACUACAGGGGAUUUAAAUCGCAUUGCUCCGGGAAAAGAAGAGAAGCAGGAAGAAAAUUCAUGUGGCGAUUCUCUUCUUAACAAUAAAUCAUUUUGGAUUGCAGAAUGAGCAAGGAAAGACCUAAGAGGAAUAUCAUUCAGAAGAAAUAUGAUGAUAAUGAUGGGAUGCCCUGGUCGGAGGAGCGGGUGGUGCGGAAGGUGCUCUAUCUCUCGCUGAAGGAGUUCAAGAGCGCUCAGAAGCGCCAGCUCUGCGACGGCCUCAGCAAUGGAGGAAAAGGGCCUAAUGCUUCCUUGUCAAACGGGCAGCUGAAAGGAUGUGGGUCUAAGGGAGGACGUAAAGUGGACGGAUCUUUCUCUCAGAGCACAGAUGGAAGCAGCGAGUACUCAGUGGACUGCCCGGCCAAAAAGAGGCCCAGACUGCAUGCACAGAGGAAGUUUGCUCAGUCUCAACCCAACUCUCCCAGCACCACGCCGGUGAAGAUGGCCGACCCCUCUCUGCCCAUGCCGCUCACACACAUCACAUUCCUCUCCAGUCGCAAGCCCAAAACAGAAGACUUCCUCACAUUCAUAUGCCUUCGAGACUCACCGGCAUUACCCAGUAACAUGGCCUACUUCGGCUGCUCUCAGGAUGAGGAGGAUCUGGAAGAUGAAGAAGAAAUUGAGGAAGAGAAACCACCCAGUGUGGCAUCUACGUCAUGCCAGUCUACACCCAAGAAGGGCAAACCAUCUAGCAAGAUUAAUGGCUUCGCAUUGAAUGGCCUUAAGGUACACAAGGACAAAGAGCUCGUUCCUAGAUCCAGAGGCAGAGAGUCGUCUGUGGGGAGAGAUUGUAACGAGGGGUGUGACGCGUCUGGGGAGAUCUCCCACAAGCACACUGCAGCCACGGCCAAGAGCCACAACACCAACGGCCACAACUACAGACGAGCCGCAGAGGAACUCCGCAAGCAGGUCUCAAAAGUAAAUGGACUCAUACGGGCAUCAUCAGUCGGCAAGCAUGCGGCCAGUGCCAAAAAGUCGAAAGACUUCCGUCUGCCGUCCAAAACUGUGAAGUACACAGCCACCGUGACCAAGGGCCACGUCACCUACACCAAAGCAAAACGAGAACUGGUUAAGAAAGCCAAACUCAACCAUAGCAAGCACGCUUCUUCUGCUGGGCUCCGUGCUUACAGCAACAACCACCACCAUCAUUCUCAUCAUCCAACCAGCAACGGCCGUGGCCGGCCCCAGCUCUCUCACUCAGGAAAAGCCCAAAGUAUCAAUGCAAAAACCCGCAAACAGGUGCUAUUAUCGAACGGGGUGCAUAAGAUGACUAACGGGGGCCGGCCUAAUGGCAGGCUUAAUGGACGCCACAGUGCCAGGGAAGAGCAGGAAGAUGGCCGACAAGUGCGGCAGGGACUGCGGAACUCUAAACGCAGAAGUGAUGCCAUUACAAUCCUUGGAGCUGGAACUGAGAGUGACGAGGUUAAAACUAAGGUUACUGAGGUUAAGAAAGCUAAACUGCAGACUAGCCCACUGGAAACUCGCAGCAAGAAGGCCCUGGGUCAGUUCAAGCCCCCCAACACCGUCACUAUUGCACACAGUAUCACUGAAAUGGCCGCCUCCCCUACUCAGAAAAUGGGUCCUGCCCCUCCUCCGUCGCCCCCUGCUGCUCCCGCCUCCCCAGCCAUGCCCCAGAACCCUGCUACCCCUGAGCCAGCACGUCAGCGGCCCAAACGUGCCUCUGCUGGCAAACUGAUGUUCAUCAGACAAGCACAGCAGAGGGCCCAAACUAACCCCGCCCUCAACCGGACCACAUCCACUACCUCAGCCAGCAAAUCCUUCAAACCAGCAGAGCCCACACACACGCCUCCACCACGGCCAGACAGGGAACGGGAGAGGAGAAGGGCAGGGUGCGCGGCCCUGGGGGAGGUGCCUGUUUUCAAGCCCACCUCUAGGGAGUUUCAGGACCCUUUGGUGUACCUCGACUCAGUUCGCGAACGGGCCGAGUCAUCUGGACUGUGCAGAGUGUUGCCUCCUCCUGACUGGAGGCCAGAGUGCAAACUCAACGACGAUAUGCGUUUUGUGACACAGGUUCAGCGCAUCCACAAGCUGGGUCGGCGCUGGGGCCCCAAUGUUCAGAAACUGGCCUGCAUUAAGAAGCACCUCAAAUCUCAGGGCAUCUCAAUGGACGAGCCACCGCUUAUAGGUGGCUGUGAAGUAGAUCUGGCUCGUUUUUCCGAGCUGGUCUGCGACAUGGGUGGAAUGCAGCAGGUGAUGGACCUGAAAAAAUGGAACCGGUUGGCUGACCUGCUUCGCAUUCCCAAAUCAGCACAGGACCGUCUGGCCAAGCUCCAGGAGGCCUACCUCCAGUACCUGCUCUCUUAUGACCUGCUCUCUCCCGAGGAGCACCGGCAACUGGAGCAGGAGGUGCUGGCAGUAAAGGAAGCUCUAGAACGCAAGCGGGGACCCCUGGAGGGCCACUCGGAUAAUGGCCAGCGGUCUCUGGCUCUCCCCCGUUACGAACCCAAGAAUGGGCUCACCGGCCUCAACCACCGCAAUGGCUUCCGCAAUCACAACAAAGAGCCAGACACCCAGCGGCAGGCCGGCCGCCGCAGACUGUUUGCUCAGGAAAAGAAAGGGGAAAAAGUGGACAGUGAUGAGGCAGAUGAGGAGGCAGAAGAUGAAGGUGUUCUCAGUGACCAGCACAAAUGUAUAUACAAGGGGAAAUCGGUAUCUUUGACCACCUUUUACAGGAUAGCAAGAAAUGCUAUGAUGAUGUGCUUCAACAAAGAGCCUGGGGCUGCUGAAGUUGAGCAAGAUUAUUGGCGGAUAGUGGAGCAGAGGGACUGCCACGUAGCAGUGCAUUAUGGGAGAGUGGACACAAACACACAUGGAAGCGGCUUCCCUGUGGGCAAGUCCGAACCCUUUUCCAAGCAUGGAUGGAACCUCACUGUCCUUCCCAAUAACUCUGGAUCCAUUCUGCGCCAUCUUGGUGCUGUGCCUGGGGUGACUAUUCCCUGGCUGAACAUCGGCAUGGUCUUUUCUACCUCAUGCUGGUCACAAGACCAAAACCGCCUUCCAUACAUUGAUUACUUACACACUGGUGCUGAUUGCAUUUGGUAUUCUAUUCCUGCUGAGGAAAAGACAAAGCUUGAUAAAGUGGUGCACACACUGCUACAAGCCAACGGCACGCCGGGACUGGAAAUGCUGGAGAAGAAUGUUAUGAUUUCUCCAGAGGUGCUUUGUCGUGAGGGGAUCAAGGUCCACCGCACGGUCCAGCAGAGCGGGCAGUUUGUGGUGGUCUUCCCCGGUGCGUUCGUGUCCAGGGUGUGCUGCGGCUACAGUGUGUCUGAAACUGUGCACUUUGCCACACCACAGUGGAUGAACCUGGGCUACGAGGCUGCUAAGGACCUGAAAUACAGGCACAUAGCAAAACCCUUCUCUAUGGAGAAGCUGCUCUACCAGAUCGCCACAGCCGAGGCCAAACGAGAAAACAGACUUGUGCUCAGUACAAUCUCUUCUCUUCUCAAAGAUCUCAGGAACAUAGAGAUGAAGCAAAGGCAGGAUCUGUAUGAAGCAGGGCUGCUCUCCUCUGCACGCUACUGCACUCACGACAACAACCAGUCACCCACUGACACCAGGAAGAAACCCCGCAAGUGGCUGGCGCUGGAGUCGUCCGAGAGACGCUGCCAAACGUGCCAGCAUCUCUGCUACUUAUCUAUGGUGGUGCAGGAGAAUGAAAAUGUGGUUUUCUGUCUGGAGUGUGCGCUGCAUUAUGUGGAGAAACACAAAAGCUGCCGCGGCCUCAAGAUGAUGUACCGCUUUGAUGAGGAGCAGAUCAACAGUUUGGUGAAUCAGGUGUGUGGUAAAGCCCUGGUGAGGAGCGCAGCAGACGGCUGUAACGGCUCCAGCCCCACCAAACUGCCUGCCAAGCGCGGCCCCCGCAAGAGAUCCGCCGUGGAGCUGUCCCUGACCCACCUGUCCAAAAGUGCCGCGGCCGCAGUCUCGUGAGGAACGUCGCCCGGCCGCCUCCGUCACCCAAUCGAUUUCCUCUCCCUCUCUUCAUAUCAUCUGUGUCUUUUAUCACCCAUAUAGCAGGGCAGAGUUUCCUGUGUUGAAAGCAGGCUGCCUUUUUUGCACUAGCACACUAGUUUGUAUUCACCAGAUGUUUGAUAGCAUUAAGAGACAAGGUCCCAGGUGUGCAUUUCACUGACAGGUGUGAGUAUGAUGUCAUCCUUUCUGCCUGGACCCUCUUCCUCCUCGUCUUCGGCCCUAUUGACUGCACACACGCUCCUCAUGAACUGUGAACCUUGGGACAAAUGGGUGCUUCUCUCCUCGUUUUUCCAGACCCCUUUCCUUUGAAUGUUGGUGCUCGAUGGAGCUUCCGGAGAAUGUUUUUUUGUUUUGUUUUUGUUCAUUGUUUUGUUUUGGUGUUUGCCUUGUUUUUUUUUUUUUGUUUUUUUUUUUCUAUUUGCCUUAUUUUGGUGUUUGAUUUGGUUUUGGGUUUUGUUUUUGUUUCAUUUUGGUGUUUGUUUUGCUUUUUGUUUUGUUUUUGCUUUUAGUUAUUGUUUUUUGUUAUAUUUUGGCAUUUUAUUGUUUUUUUUUUUGUUUUUUUUUAGUGUGUUUUUCUUUUUUUUGUUUUGUUUCGUUUUAUGACAUCACAUUUGUUUUGAUUUGAAUUCAUUUAGUUCACAUGCAGCUCCUCUGCGGAAGACGCAGCUCUAAAGACAGUAAACACUUGAAAUUUAGCUUGUUUUAAUAUCUGUUUUUAAAAAAAAAAAAAAAGAAAAAGAAAAAAAAAGAGGAAGUACUGUGUGCUUUUAUUUCAACUGGUUUUUAUUUCACACUUUCCUCUGUGGGUUUGGGGAACGCUGGUUUCCAUGGCAGCGGGUUGGGCUGUACUUGAGGAAGUGGGUGUUAGGGAAUGAAUGAGCGGGUCCCGUCCCGGUUAGUGAGAGGGGUUCCUCCCACGCUGACGCUUACGAGCGAUACCUGUGCCUGAUGUUUAGCGGGGAGAUCUUUCUUUAUUUUGGUGCUGUUGUUUUUGUUUUAUUUUAUUUUUUUACUGUAUAUCAAUACAAAAAAGGUAAUAAGAAAGACAUGCUGUUUGCUAGCCUUCUUAUCCCACAGGACGGAAGAGCCGGAGGCUUUUUCCGCUUCUAGAUGUGCAAUCGUGUCAACAUUCCAUUCUUCCAGACUUAUUGAUUCAUCUGUAACAUUAGUUAACAUUAAUUAUUAUAUAAUAUUAUUGUAAUUAUAAUAUUUUGUGUUUUUGACUUAUUUUCUCUUUUGUUCUGACGUGCUAUCUCAAUUUAGAGCCACUAUUCAGAGGGUGUACAAUGUGAAAUACAAGUUCUUUUUUUUUCUUUGUUUCUUUUUGUUCUUUUGUCUUUUCCUUUUUGCAAAAGUAUCAUUGAUUUAAAGAAACUUAAGAAAAUCACCUUUUUGUACAUAAUCCUGUAAAUGUCUUUUAAUACUUGAGCCUUUGUUGGAGUGACAGAAGGAAAGGAUAGAUAGAUGGAUGAUGUCAGAUGAAGAAAAGCCUUAUAUUUCAGUUUCUUCAGCUGUUGGGAGUUUGAUGCGUACAGGGUUGCUCUGGUAAUGUGUAUAAAUUUUAAGUGCUGCUUACAUCACUGAGGACUAAGAUAUGGAGUCGCGAUUUCCCCCUAGUUUUGUUUUUUAGGUUUACUUUUUUAAAGAAAAGGGAAAAUACUUUCACAAAAAAAAGGUUUUUACAUUUUCAUUACUGAAAAUUCAACAUUGUAGUAGCUACUCAUGUUGCACUGACCUUGCCAGUGGUAACUGACGAGGGAAAAAAAAACUAUAAUCCAGUUUGUUGGUUGUUGCCCUUAACAGAAGACUGAGCUGUUUUAGGAGUAUUUAAUGAAAACCAAGUUGAGGUUUUUCAACAAAAAACGGCGGUUGUCAAGUUUUUAUGGCCUUACGAUGUAUUUUAUUCAGAAAUUUUGUUGGUUUUGUUCCUUUUUCUACAAUAUGAGAGAUUUGCUCACGGUCAGACGAGUUAAUUUAUUAGCACUGCGUUUCAGCUCUUCCUCUCAUGAGCAAAGAUUUCAUGUUGGUUAUAUUGCCAUUUUAUUUUAUUUUGUUUUUCUUUUUGUUUUUACUUUUUCAAUUUGUACUUAAGGUUUAAUAAAAACUCAUGGACAAUUCACUGUCA